UUCAGGUUAGGAGACUUCAAAAUAAUCGACAUUCUAAGGCAAUAAUAACACGGGAAGAAUCGCUUGUAUAUUUUCAAUCUUUGUGUGAACGGACGAUAAACGAUUUCACGAAAAGCACAUGGUUACGCGGUUAAAGAGCGGCUACAAGUAUUUAAUCGUCACGCGUGAAAUGUCGAAACAACGAUCCACGAGAAAUGCGAAGACGCCAAAGGUGACAGGCACUGAUGAUUCAUCUACGGGACCUGUGAUCUUAAAUAAAGACGGAAACGUUGCAAUUAAAAUUCAGGCUAAACCCGGAGCGAAAUGUAACAAUGUAACCGAUAUUUCUGACGAAGCAGUAGGUAUUGCAAUCUCCGCCCCACCAACGGAAGGUGAAGCCAAUGCUGAACUCAUUAAGUAUCUAGCUUCGAUUUUUGGAGUAAGAAAAUCUGAUGUGUCCUUGGAUCGAGGAUCUCGAAGUCGGCAAAAAGUAAUUAUAGUGUCAGGAAUUACGACAGAUCAAGUUUUGACAAAAUUGAAAGGAGAGAUGGAUAAUUAAAUGUACUUUUUUACUAAAUUUUUCUGUCAUUAAACGAUUUUUCCCAAUUUAUACAUACAUAUAAUCUUUUCCUUAUAAAUACAUUUUAAUUUGUCCUAUCUUUAUAUUUACUUUCCGCAUAUUUUUGAUUAACCUUUUCGAUACGAUUUUAUUUUUCGCCACUAUACCUCUGCUGCGAACAGUCGAAUCGCGAAUAAGCUAUCACUGUAUGGGACAACUAUGACGUAAAUGUCAUCGGAGAAGAGAAGCAUAGUAGUUAAAUUUUACUGUGUAAAGUAAAUUAUUAAAAGUAAAUUAUUAAAUUAUAGUCGUCAUUAGUGCGCGGCGAACACUUAACGCUGGACGACUAUAGUCGUCGUUAACAUAGCGAAUGUUUAUUGUUGGACGGCUAUAGUUGUCGUUAGUAUCGAAAGGGUUAAAAGUUCAAUUAUUUUACAUUAUAUAAUAUUAUACAAUUUAUACAUCUGUUUUUUUCAUAAAUGCAA